UCUGGUUCAUUUGUUACUUGACUGUAAACGCGGUAUACACGUGCCGCAUAGUGCUGCUUCUGGAGACACUGUAGGAGCGCAUGAUAAUAGCACGUGACAGGCCCGGCUAGAAUUCUUCCUUUUUUUAAAAAAAAAUCGCUCGUCUCUAGUGUCUCGUGAGCUUCUUUCCGCGUGCCCGUUAAGGCCGAGUGGGCGCAUGCUCGCCCUCGCGCGUGUCUUACUAUAGUACGGCCGCGCGCCGUAAAAAAAAAACACACACACAACACAGCGGCGCAUACAUGCGGAUGGCAGUGACUGGGAAAUAAGGGAAAGAAAGGAAAGCCACCCACUUUGCAAAAUUGUUGGUUCAGUGGGAGAAGCAGACGACAUCUGACAAAGAACAGAGAUGGCUUCUCUAAGCCUGGGGCUGCAUCUUUCUCGAAAGAAGGGGAUAGCGAGGAACGCUGCAGUAGAAAGGAAAAACCUGAUUACUGUGUGCAGGUUUUCAGUGAAGACACUCAUCGAUCGUUCCUGUUUUGACACCAUUGAUGACUCAUCUCCAGAAUUCACAAAUUUUGUAUCGAUAUUAGAACAGAUUCUGACACACCGACUGAAAGGACAGAUCAAUUGGUUUGGCUAUGAAAGUCCACGCAGUUUUUGGGACUUCAUCAGGGUGGCUUGUACCAAGGUUCCUCAUAAUUGUAUCAGCAGUAUAGAAAAUAUGGAAAAUGUCAGUUCCUCAAGGGCCAAGGGCAGAGCAUGGCUCAGAGUAGCACUAAUGGAAAAACGUCUUUCUGAAUACAUUUCGGCUUCACUGAGAGAUUUCAGGACAACAAGGAGGUUUUAUGAAGAAGGAGCAGUUAUACUGGGAGAGGAAGCCCACAUGCUUGCAGAUAUGCUGAUUGGGCUCAAUGCAAUUGAUUUCAGUUUCUGCCUGAAAGGAGAAAUCUUAGAUGGGAACUGCCCAGCUGUUAUUGACUACACUCCCUAUCUGAAGUUCACACAAAGCUCAGACAGCAUCAGCAGCGAUGAAGAAGAGCUGCGAACGUUAGGAAGCAGUGGAAGUGAAAGCAGCACACCAGAGAACAUGGGGCCAUCCCACAUCAUGGAUGAGAGCAGCUGGUAUAGCAAGUGCAAAAGGAUUGAACAAAAAUAUCGAUUAGCCUUGGAGCAAAAGGGUUACUUGGAAGAACUGGUGCGCCUUCGAGAAACCCAGCUGUCAGAGUCUGUCUCUCAGAACAAAGUGCUUCUCAAGAGAUUGGAGGACACACAAGUGACACACAAGCUCGAAAAGGAGCAACUUGAGUACAUUGUCAUUGAGCUACAGGAUCAAUUGACUGUAUUAAAGAACCAUGAUCUGAGGUCAAGACAAGAGUUAAAAGCCCAUCUAACAAACCAGUGGCCUUCCCCGGGGGCUCUGGACUCCAGUGCUGUUGCCUUGGAUACACUGUUCUACAGAAAGCGUGCAGGGCAGUGGGAAGAGAAGAGCUUCCACAGCCUGGAGCAGCUGUCAGCAGAAAUUAGUUUAUCUCAGACCUCACUUGACCCAACUCACUUACAAGACAUAGAUGGAAAACUUGAAGGUUCAAGUUCACGAAGUGAAGGCAAGGAAGACACUCCUUCUUUAUUGGGUUUGUGUGGCUCUUUGACAUCGGUGGCUAGCUACAAGUCGCUAGCCAGUCUUAAGUCAAGCGAAUGUCUGGCAAGCCCCACUACAGAGAUGACAAGCCCCGGCCUCACGCCCUCAUGAUAACUUCAGCACCUGGGGAAGAAGAUGAAUGUACACGCUACUCCUACAUUCCGCCAAGCCAUUUGCCAAAAUAUAUGAGAAAUAAUGUUACAAGGUUUCCUAGAGGCGUCACUUGCUAUAGUACACCUGGUGUGCAUUGGACUUAGUGAGACAUUUGAAAUAUUAUGAAGAAGGCUUAUGAACUUUGUACAGCGUACUGGUGUUGGGAAUAAAAGGCAGAGUCCACAUGAGGGGUUUUCUCUGUGUCUUCUUAUGCAUCAUUGAGGGAAUCCGUGUGUAGCUACUUCUCGUUUGGUAUAGUUUUAUCAUAAAUGCAAUAAAUGAAAUGCUAUUUUUGUACCUUCAGGCAAAUUGUAGUCACAAGCCACCAGUUGCUCCGCUGUCCUUGAAUGCAACUGUUGAUUUACAAUAUACAGUAUAAUGGAUUUUCACUUUUGGUUCAAAGAAAAAUCUAUCCUUGAUCAUAAAUACAAGUCAGUUAACUGAUAAGACAUGACAAAUGUUCAGUUAUGAGUAAGUCAAGUCAAUUCAAGUGACAUCACUCUUUGCCACAAGUAUUUGCGUUCACCUUUGUUUAUUUUAGAAGCAUUUGUCUUUGCUCUUAUCAGCCAGAUAACUUAUAACAGUCAGUCAUCUUUGAAUGUGGAAAGUCUAAACUAAUUCAUUCUUCAAGAGACAGCUUUUUGUGUUUUCAUCAGCUCAACACGCUUUUUAAUCCCGUCGGCCGUGUUCUUGACCCAUCAUGCAUUGAGUGAGCUGUCUUGAAUGUACUCAGAGAACGUAUGAGAGUGAAAACAGUUUGCUUUUGCUCCCAAGUUUAUUUUGUGUGGAAGCUUAAGACUUUUUUUUUUGUUGUUAUUUUAACUAGCAUCAUAUAGAAACAUUUUUAAUAAGGUUUUAAUAUGUAUGAAUCAAUCCGUGGCACACAGCCAAAGCAAGUAGUAGAGUUACGGGCACCAUUUUAAUUUACAUGGUACUAUUGCAUUAGAUCCUACAUUAUUUUCUAAUUAAUUUUCUUUUAUUGUCCAGUCUUGUCAGUAAUGUAUACAUUAUAUCUAUUUUGGCUUUUGUGUUUUAACAUUUUUUUUUUUUUACAUCAAAGUUAGCCAUUUUCAGUCAUUAAUAAUAAUAAUAAAAGUGAAGAGGUAUGUUGCUAUGAAGAAAAGUGCUGGCUUACUCACUGCCCCAAAUAGCAUAUGGCAGGUAUUAUAUGGAAUGGAAGAUCCAUUCAUUGUAUAAAACGGGGCCAUUGGGGGCUGAGGCCUACUCCAGGAAUAUUGAAUGUAAGGAGGAGACGCCAAUCCACACUGAACAACAAUGGGGACAAUCCAUAGGUGCCCAGUAACUUCACCAUCUUUGGAAUGUGUGAGGAAACGUUGAGAAUCGCUAGAAGAACACACACAGACACUUGGACAACAUGAAAGCUUUUCACUGACGGUGGCUGGGUCGGCAUUUGAGCUCAGGCUCCUGUAGCUGUCAGGCAGUAUCACUAACCACUGUGCCACCAUACUGUCCCUCAGCACCGUUGUCCAAGUCAAAAUAUCCUGUAAAGGUUUGUUUCUUGUUUUUAUUCAUAUGCCAUUCUCAAAAGAUGUAAUUGUUUGCUUUAUUUUCUGUAUUAUUAGUUCAUUUAUAGUAAAUGUGAACCACGUCUUGGUUGAACUAUAUUGAGUUGGUCUUUUGGUCCAUUAAAGAAACCUUCUCCUAUCUGUUUGUAUUGUGUCACAUCCAAAUCAUGCUACUGUGAGCCUGCAGAAGAAAACAUACAAUUGCAAUUGUAACUCAAAUAAAAUAAAGAAAGAACAAA